GGUUGGGAGUGGGAAGAGGAAGAAAGUCGAAGGGACUUCUUUAGCUUGUGUUCAUACAAGGAAUUUGAAGAGACGUGGUUCUGAUAUGAAAUUGGGGGCUGGGGGUUCCGAUGGGAAUACUGAUGCAAAUAUAGUUUCGGAAGUUUUAAAGGAUUCGGAUGGUGGAGAUUUCAUGGAGUUGUUAGAAGAUAGAUACUGUCAUGAUGAGUGCUGCCAGGUUAGGAUUUGGUUGCGAUAUUAAUUAUUCUGUGAGGGAAACUCGGGAUAUUGGCCAAUGCAAGAAGAAAUCAAGCAUGGAGACGGAAGCUUUAGGGUCUGAAUAAUCUGGAAAGGAUAAGCUGGAGAAUGGUUUCUUGAGCUUGAGGUCAGGGAAGAGAGUUCCACACAGAGAAAUAAGUGACAUUCGUAUUGGUGGUGAUUCAUUGCAAGGAAUUCAGCAAGGUGGUACAAAUUGUAGUGAUGAUGUACAUGUGAAGAGUAUAUCAGAGGCUAAAUCUGAUAUAACUACUAGAGGAAGACCAAGCAAAGAAGGAAAAGGGAAAAUGAAAUUGGACUCUGAGGCAUCUCCCUCUAGUGGCAUUGAGACAGUGAAACUUAACGUAGAGAAUUUGAACGGAAGUAGUGGCUCAGGUGUUGACCAAUUAGCAACCAAUGAGGUACUGCCAGAUGAAGUUCAGGUUAGAGGGACUAAUUUGAGUGAAAUUGAUACAAGAAGUGCACAUAGGGCACGUUUCAGAAAUUUUGCCAGGAGAAAUGCGUCUAGAUUCGCUCAUUUUUCUGCCCGAGAUGAAUUUGGUGACCGUGCUCAUGAUGCUUCUGGAACUGAUGUCGCACCUCCUGAAACCAGUAAUAGAAUUGAAAAUUGGCCUGGUCCUUUUUCUACUGCCAUGAAAAUUAUUAAGGAUAGUGAAACUAAUAGAAAUGGGGGGAAGCAUGGGGGUUCUACUGAUGUGAGUGAAACGGUUGAACUGAAGUGGAUCCCCAAGAACCAUGAGUCUUGUAGACACCAGAAGCAUGUUCCUUCGCUGCAAGACAUAUGCUUGUCAAUUCUUUCCAGUAAUGCUGAUGCUAUCACUUCUCUUGACUUUGUCCCAGAUGCGCUGAGGCACAAGAUCUGUUGGUUUCUUUGUGAUAAUCGAAGCAUGGAUGGUCAUUUUCUUGAAUUGCUUGUGCAUGAUACUCCAACAGAGAUCCGCAUAAGAGAUUGUUCAUGGUUAUCCGAGGAGCAAUUUGUCAAGAUAUUUGGGGGUUUCAACACCAGCAAGUUAACAGUGUUACAAUUUGAUCAAGGUGGAGCCUGUAUGCCUGACUACAUCCUACGUUCUACCCUGGCACGUUUACCAAAUAGUCUUCCUGCUUUGACAACGAUAUCCUUGAAAGGUGCAUAUCGUCUCUCAGACGCUGGACUUAAUAUGCUUGCCUCAGUGAUGAGGCUAUUGCUGCAUAUCUUGAUGUUAAUGGGGCAUUUCUCAAGUGCUUGUCGCUUAAUAAGGUUAUACAGAAGCAUAGACAAGUUUAUAUUAUUUUAUUGCCUUAUAUACAAAUCCUACUCGAGAAGGAGAAUGAGAAAGGAUAAAGAAUACACUGACCAGAAGAAAGUAGUACUUUGUUUAGUUGGCUCAGCUGUCUGUUUAAGGCUUACUGCUCUAUCACUUGCAAGAAAUUGCAAAAACUUACAUAGUUUGGACCUAUCCUGGUGUCGCAAUUUAACCAAUGAAGCACUGGGAUUGAUUGUUGAUUCAUGCUUAUUGCUAGAAGUGCUGAAAUUGUUUGGCUGCACACAGGUUACAGAUGUUUUUGUUGAUGGACACUCAAAUCCACAAGUGAAACUUAUUGGAUUGAAGAUGACUCCAGUAUUUAAACAUAUUGAGUUUCCGGAUUUCCUUCUAGGUCCACUGCGAUACCCAUCCGCCUCUCUUUGAAUUAAUAUGGUACCAGUGCUCUCUUGCCUUUUGUAUCUUGUGCAUAAAUGGUGGCACAAGUUCCAUUUUGGAUCUGAUUUGAUUAUAUUAUCUUGAAUCAAAGCAAUAUUGUUGUAUGCUGGGUGUUGUUUAAACAGACUCUGAAAAUCUCCACUUUAGGUUUAUAACAAGUUAGAAUCAGAUGUUGGUUUUGAACUCAUGAAUCUUGACCAAAUUUAGAAACUAUAUGAAAUGAAACUUGAUCCCCGAGGAA